UCCGUUACGGCUGCGGCCCGGAGAGCAGCCUGAAGCCGGGGUUUUGGAAGUCACUCAGUCUCCGCGGGACCCCAGAGAUCGGGGAGAUCGGGGUGGGGGCUCUACCCCGAAGGAUCACCAUGAUCCGGUUCAUCCUCAUCCAGAACCGAGCAGGCAAAACUCGCCUGGCCAAGUGGUAUAUGCAGUUUGAUGAUGAUGAGAAGCAGAAACUGAUUGAAGAGGUCCACGCCGUGGUCACAGUCCGGGAUGCCAAGCAUACCAACUUUGUGGAGUUCCGAAACUUCAAGAUCAUUUAUCGCCGUUAUGCUGGCCUCUACUUCUGCAUCUGUGUGGACGUCAAUGACAACAACUUGGCCUACCUAGAGGCCAUCCACAACUUCGUGGAGGUCUUAAAUGAAUAUUUCCACAACGUCUGUGAACUGGACCUGGUCUUCAACUUCUACAAGGUUUACACCGUGGUGGAUGAGAUGUUCCUGGCUGGGGAGAUCCGAGAGACGAGCCAGACGAAGGUGCUCAAACAGCUGUUGAUGCUGCAGUCCCUGGAGUGAGGGCCCAGGAGGUGCCCAGCCCGGGACACCCACCCCACCCCAUGCCCUGCCCCUCUGUCCUCUCCCCCUGACCCCCACAGAUGCUCUGAGUUUACCGUCUGGGACGGUGGGACCACACCCUGGCUGGGAUCAGGAGGAGGGGAGCCCCCUGUGUGUGGUGCCAUAGACCCUUGUAACCCUGCUGUCAUGGCAGUGAUGCUGUGAGCAUGUGAGCGAGCGAGAGUGCGAGUGUGAGUGUGUGUGUGUAUGUGAGUGUGUGUGUGUACGCACAUGUGUGUGUAUGUACCUGGAGUUCCCAAUAAAGUUGUGGACCUGGCCUGCCCACUGCCUUCUCCCUUG